GGGUAAUUUAAUAUGCAUUGCAAAAGCUUUUCAGGUUGUUCAUGCAAUUCGCAUGCUCUAUUUCUUUUAAUAGGUUUCCUCGUAACCCCAAACUACGGUUUAUAAAUUCGCUAGGGUGCUCUAUCUCAAUAAAUUAUUUACAUUUUUGUUUGUUUUUGAAAUUAAAUUUAGUAGAAAAAUUUUCUAUGGAGACUUUAUACGUUUGCCAGGAAGAGAAAAGAACCACUCUCAGAAUAUAUUGUAGUUAGAGCACUGUUCAAUAUAUUUACUGAAUAUAAGUGUGAAAAAGAUAAUAAAACUUCAUACGUAGUGCCGCUUUAUUAAAUACUUUUUUUUUUUUUUUUUUUUUUGCAGAAAAGCAUGUAGGAAGAAACAUCAUUAUCCAUUAGAAAAGCAUGAUUCAAUUCAAAUAGUAUUUUUUUCUUGUCAAAAACGAAUUUGAACUACAUUAUUUUGAAGCUAAAUCCACAUCCCUCACUCUUAAGUAGAUAACAUCGUUUAGUCCAAACAAACAAAAAAAUUCACAAAACCAGAAUCCCAAAGAGAGCCUCUAACCCCGUCCCGUUUGCUUCUCUCAUAAUCGAGCGUCACGCUUUUAGUCUACAACGGACACUGCCUAGCCUCCCUUUGCUUGGAAACCACUCUAGCUGGAGGCGGUUCCUCCUUCACCAAGCAGAUCUUCUAUAACGAAUGACUUCUGGGUGCUACUCACCAUGGAAUCACAUAAAACUCAACAUGAGCCAUUACCGGCUGCUGCAACCCCAGCCGCCACUUCAUGUCGAAAGAAGAAGAACAAGCAAGCCACUUUCUUGGAGGAUUUAAAGGAUCACAUUGAUGAUUUUCUCAAUGCAUCUGUGGAUGAACACAAAACGUGCUUCAAGAAGACCAUGCAGAAGAUGUUUGGAAUGUCAAAGAAUGUUGCUGAGAGGAGUGUUGACACCAAGGAAGUUGAGAGUACUCUGCCCCUUCAAACCACAGCGGCAAAAUAGAACAUCUUCUCUUGGGAUUUAUAGGCAGAUAUCUUGAAAACCAAACUUUGCUCCCGGCUUUAACCAAUUAGAUUCUGGUGUUAAAUAAUUUGUUAAAAUUGUGGCACUACACUUUCAAUUUGACCAGUACGAAUAAGUUUGUAGGUGGAAUGGUUGUUGUUUGAAGUCGAUUACAUAGUGUCGAUGAUGGUAUGACUUCUUCAUGUGAUUUAUUCUGCUUUGCUAUGAUAGCCGUUUUUAGUAAGUAG